CUCGGGUCUGGUCAAUUGAAGACUUGGGAGGGAAGUGUUUAUUCUUAGCGUGAAGUCGUCGAAAACACAAGACUAGUACUUGUAUGAGAUUGCGGACUCAAUCGGCGCGAUCAGUCUCCGUUGAAAUUAACCCAAGCCGGUUGCACUCCACAACAUAAGUAUAUAACAAAAUCUUGAUACUAUCAUCCUUUGAAACUUUCGAUCCACACUCAACCAGUAGAAAAAACAAAAUGGUCAAAUGGUCAUGCGAUUUCCGAUACCUUCUUCUCGUUGCGGCGGUUGCAUUCAUCUACAUCCAGAUGCGGCUUUUUGCUACACAAUCAGAAUACGCUGAUCGGCUUGCUGCUGCAAUAGAAUCAGAAAACCACUGUACAAGUCAAAUGCGGUUACUAAUUGAUCAAAUAAGCAUGCAGCGAGGGAGGAUUCUAGACUUAGAAGAGAAAAGGAAGCUUCAAGACCAUGAGUGCAGACAAUUGAGAGCUCUUAUUGAAGACCUUCAAAGGAAAGGCCUUGAGAAAAGAACUGACAAAGAACAGGUUCCAGUGGCAGCAGUCGUGGUUAUGGCUUGCAAUCGUGCUGACUAUCUGGAAAAGACCGUUAAAUCUAUCCUAAAAUACCAACGUUCUGUUGCUUCAAAGUACCCCCUUUUUGUAUCCCAGGAUGGAGAAGAUCCUGAUGUCAAAAGCAAGGCUUUGAGUUACAAUCAGCUAACCUACAUGCAGCACUUGGAUUAUGAGCAAGUGCAAACCGAGAGGCCUGGGGAAUUGAUUGCAUAUUACAAGAUUGCACGUCAUUACAAAUGGGCGCUGGAUCAAUUGUUUAAUAAACAUAAUUUUGAUCGAGUUAUCAUACUUGAAGAUGAUAUGGAAAUUGCCCCUGAUUUCUUCGACUAUUUUGAGGCUGCAGCCGCCAUCCUUGAUAACGAUAAGUCGAUUAUGGCUGUUUCUUCAUGGAAUGACAAUGGGCAAAAGCAGUUUGUGCAGGAUCCUCAUGCGCUUUACCGUUCUGAUUUUUUCCCUGGACUUGGCUGGAUGCUGUCUAAAUCUACUUGGGGUGAACUAUCUCCAAAGUGGCCGAAAGCUUACUGGGAUGAUUGGUUGAGGUUGAAAGAGAAUCACAAAGGUCGACAGUUUAUUCGUCCUGAAGUGUGCAGAACGUAUAAUUUUGGUGAGCAUGGUUCUAGUUUUGGCCAAUUCUUCAAACAAUAUCUUGAGCCGAUUAAGCUGAAUGAUGUGAAGGUUGAUUGGAAGUCUACGAAUCUGAGCUACCUAAUGGAGGUAUAUGAUACAUGGAAUGAUCACGUGGACCAGUAUGUCACACAUUUUGCUGACAUGGUUAAGAAUGCGAGACCUAUCCAUGGAACUGAUGCCGUUCUGAAGGUAUCUAACAUAGAUGAUGAUUUGCGCAUCCUGUACAAAGAUCAGGAAGACUUUGAACGCAUUGCACAUCAAUUUGGCAUUUUUGAAGAAUGGAAGGAUGGUGUGCCAAGAACAGCAUACAAAGGAGUUGUUGUGUUCCGAUACCAAACCCGCAAACGUGUAUUCCUUGUUGGUCCUGUAUCUCUUCAACAGCUUGGAAUUGAAUAAGUCACAAUCGAGGUUGAAUUCAAAAAAAAAAAAAUUUGACAGGUUUUGUUAGAAAAAAAAAACUUCUCAAUGUGAUUCAAACAGUUUUGCUCUGAAAACACGGAGGAAAGUCGUACACAUGAAUGAAGUUUGAUAACAAGUUGGGUUCGAGAUACAGAGCUGGCCGUAUUUGCUAUUGUUCAAGUUCCUUGACAAGCAUGGAUUGUCAUUUUGGCACAUGAAACACCGUAUUGUAAUAGAUGAAGUUAAUACCGAAAGGAAAAUAUGCAUGAUUUGGAUAAAUACGAGACAUUUUUGUAGAUUUUGGAAAUUACUACGCUAGUUCCUGUUGACUACUCGUUCUUCGAUUACAUGAAUUAACAUUUCUACAACUCAUACUUCAGUUUCGAUACUACCAAUUCAAGA